AUUACGCAGGAAUAAAACGUAGUGCGUCCGGCUUUUCUACACGCAUAAUUCAGGAAGAGAGAGCCGCCUCCAUGAGUGUGCUGCUGGUGGAGGCCUUCUACGGAGGCUCCCACAGGCAGCUGUGUGACCUGCUCCGGGGGGGGCUGGAAGGAUGCGUGGCCUACACUCUGCCUGCUAAGAAGUGGCACUGGAGGGCCCGCACGGCAGCCUUGUUCUUCAUGGAGGCCAUCCCUCCCAGCCCCUCAUACAGGGUGCUGUUCACCUCCUCCGUCCUCAACCUGGCUGAGCUGGUGGCCUUGAGGCCCGACCUGGCUCGCCUCAAAAAGGUUCUCUACUUCCACGAGAACCAGCUGGUCUACCCCGUCCGCAAGACCCAGGAGAGAGACUUCCAGUAUGGCUACAACCAGGUCCUGUCAUGCUUGGUGGCAGAUGUGGUGGCGUUCAACUCCUCUUUCAACAUGGAGUCCUUCCUGUCCUCCAUCUCAUCCUUCAUGAGGAGGAUUCCCGACCACAGGCCCAGAGAUCUAGCCUCGCUCAUACGACCAAAGUGUCGGGUCCUCUACUUCCCUCUCCAACUCCCGGACGUCACCAGGCUCCUCCCUGAGCACAAGAUUCUUUGCAGACUGAAGGAACCUCAGCAGAACGUCUCUUACACAAGUAUCUCAGCAGAGGAACCGCUCUCUCUCCCCCCAGAGCCAGGCCAGGAGGUCGAGGCAGACCAGGGCCUCUGUGACCGGCGGGAAGCUGAGAAGGAGGAGGGGAGUGAAGGAGCAGAGGGUCAGGCCAGACCUCUCCAUAUUGUCUGGCCGCAUAGGUGGGAACAUGACAAAGACCCGGAGCUGUUCUUCAGGACUCUGCUCAAGCUGAAGAACAGAGGCCUGGCCUUUCAUCUGUCUGUGCUGGGGGAGACCUUCACCGACGUACCAGAUGUCUUUGCGGAGGCCAAGGAAGAGCUGGGUGCCCAUGUCCUCCACUGGGGCUUCCUGCCCAGGAAGGAGGACUACCUGGGGGUGCUGUGCCAGGCAGACGUGGUCGUGUCCACCGCCAGGCAUGAGUUUUUCGGAGUGGCCAUGUUAGAGGCUGUCCAUUGUGGCUGCUAUCCUCUGUGUCCAAAGGCCUUGGUUUACCCAGAGAUAUUCCCAGUUGAGUAUCUGUAUGCCACUCCAGAGCAGCUGUGUAAGAAGCUGCAGGCCUUGUGCAGAAGACCUGAUGUUGUCAGGAGACAUCACGUUCAGGUUGACACCAGGAAGUACUCCUGGGCAGCAUUGAAGGAGGGCUUCCUCAGUCUUCUGUCUGGAGGGGAGGAGGACCUUCACCCUGACCCAGUCCCAGAUCCAUCCUGACUAGACCCUGACCCAGACUUUAGAAGAGGACUGUGGAAGAGGAGAACCUUCAUCCCUCUCCUGGAAGCCUCUCUGGAGCUGCAUUCUUACUUCACUCCAUAACAGGCUGAAGGAGAGGGACUGGAGGUAGACAGAGAGUCUACCAAGUGCUGGGAGUUCGUCAUAGUUGAUUCACUGCCACAAACCUGUGGUGGCUUCCAGCACCUCCUCUCUUCUCUCCUCUUCUCUCCUCUUCUCUCCUUGCUUCUCCUCUUUUCAAAUCAGAACCAGUCCUCUUCUGGAGACAUUGUGCCGACCCUGUAAAUGUCCCCCUCAUCUUCACGUGCGAGAGAGAACCUUUUAUGUGUGUGGUUUCUAGAAAGAAAAGAAAUGAAAAAAAUCUAAAGGAAAAACGUGUAAAGGCUUUCAUGUUUCCCAAAGGCAGUGCCACCUCACAUAUCCGGUCGGGGCCAUUUUUAUCCUCUGUUCUGGAGAACGUGGGGCUGGAAGGGACUCUUUUUUUCUUUCUUCUUCUUUCUCCUCCUCCUCCUUCACCGCUGCCGACAGACUGGCAGCCAAGUUGUGGCUGGAAGUUCUGUUUUCUGUGGCUCCACCUGGGUUGCCAGGUUUGAGGGCAGAGGGCCUGGAAAGCUGUGCUUGCUGAAGUGCCUUAGCAGACUGGCUGCAGGGCUGCUCCACAUCUAUGGUUAUGGGUGGCUCCUUUACCUCAUACUUUUGUUGAGCCAUUGAUGGCACUUUCAUUGACAAUGCCUAUAUUCUCUGCAGUUUAUUUCUCGUUUUUUUCCUCUCAUGUAACAAUAAAGGUCAACUUAAAUGUAUAAUCUGUUUGUAGACCAUGUAUUUGUGUCUUGAUGGUCUUUGGUCUAAUUCCGUUCAGGGGAAGGUUUGUCAUGGGUAGGAUCCCAGUGCCGCCAUACACUAGACCAUAGUUUAUAUAUUUAACCACCUUAGCCUGUUUGGGGAGACCUUAAAACCACUCUUUAAAACCUUCCAUUCGGGAGUGAAAAGGUGGAAAGUGUGAAACUAAAUGGCUUCCUACUGUAGUUGUGAAUCCCUUUUCCUGCUGCUCCCCUCCUUCCUCUGAGCAUUGCUAACAGCAAACUGAAUCCCUCAUUCCUUCGUGUACCCUUGAUCUUUUAUAGAGAACUCGCGAGAACAGACUGAGGAGGAAACGGCAUCCAGACAGACAGAGAAUGAAUAGAUAUGAAGGAAAACACAAGAACUUACGAUUGAAAUGAGAAGUUGUGUAUGACACUAUGUAUGAUGCUACUAGUGUGACUGUGCUGAAGCAGGAUGGGAGUCUGGAGUCUAACAUUACCAACCCAGAAGAACCCUAUGAACCAGAACAAUCCUAUGUGUGGUGCUACUGGAGUUGUUAAGGGU